AUGGAAAAUUUUGGUUCAAGGAUUUCAAAUAUUCGAAUUUCGGUUAUGGAUUUCAUCGAGGCCAAGCGUAAAAGCAACACGACUCGGAAAAUUCUAUUGGCGGCCGGACUCACUGCACUAUUCAUUUUCAUGCUCAAGAAUUCUCCCGGCACAUCUACUUCGACAAAGUUCUCACAGCACGAGUCUGGUGUAACGCAUGUCCUCGUCACAGGUGGCGCCGGGUACAUAGGCUCUCAUGCUGUUCUUCGACUUCUGAAAGAUUCAUAUCGUGUAACUAUUGUGGACAAUCUUUCUCGUGGGAACAUGGGGGCUGUUAAAGUCCUGCAGGGACUAUAUCCUGAGCCGGGCAGGCUUCAGUUUGUAUAUGCUGAUUUAGGAGAUGCAUCAGCUGUGGAUAGAAUAUUUUCCGAGAAUGCUUUUGAUGCCGUUAUGCAUUUUGCGGCUGUUGCCUAUGUCGGCGAAAGCACAUCCGAACCUCUAAGGUAUUAUCAUAACAUUACUUCAAACACCUUGGUAAUCGUGAAAGCAAUGGCGAAGCACGGCAUAAAGACCUUAAUCUAUUCAAGUACUUGCGCAACUUAUGGAGAGCCUGAGAAAAUGCCCAUCACAGAACAAACUCCCCAACUACCGAUUAAUCCGUACGGAAAAGCAAAGAAAAUGGCUGAAGACAUUAUAUUGGACUUCUCAAAGACAUCAGAUAUGGCUGUGAUGAUCCUCAGAUACUUUAACGUGAUUGGAUCCGAUCCGGAAGGAAGGCUUGGGGAGGCCCCACGACCCGAAUUGCGUGAACAAGGGAGAAUAUCGGGCGCUUGUUUUGAUGCAGCCAGAGGAAUAAUUCCCGGACUAAAGAUAAGAGGAGUUGAUUAUAACACUCCAGAUGGAACUUGUGUUAGAGAUUACAUUGAUGUUACAGACCUCAUUGAUGCGCACGUAAAAGCUCUAGCACGUGCCCAGCCUGGAAAAGUCGGAAUCUACAAUGUCGGAACGGGAAAAGGUAGCUCGGUAAAAGAGUUUGUGGAAGCGUGUAAGAAGGCUACUGGAGUGAACAUAAAAGUCGAUUAUCUUAGCCGAAGACCAGGAGAUUAUGCCGAAGUUUACAGUGAUCCUUCAAAGAUUUGGAACGAACUCAACUGGAAAGCAAAAUAUACGAACCUUGAAGAGAGCUUGGCCAUCGCGUGGAGAUGGCAGAAAGCACAUAGAAAUGGUUAUGAUAAUUAA